AUGGCGGCGGCAGCGCCGGCCCGCGUCCGCCCCCUACCGGCCGCCCCCCGUCACUGCGCCUGCGCGACCCCGCCCCUGCCCCGCCCCCGCUGGCGCCGGGGCGCCACCGCGUCUGCGCGACCCCGCCCCAGAACAGGGAAAUUCGCUAUUUCCAGCGAGCAGGGAAACCACCUCCAGACGGAACUUCUGGGGCAGCGCGCCAAACACUUUGUGCCGCCGGUAGCCGCGACGCCCAUCACGGGCCGGCACCGGGACGGACCCGCCGGGAGAACGGGCAGCCGCAGGAGAAUGGGCACCGGGAGCGGCACCGCGUGGGGAGGGACGGAGCCGGCCAGGGCCCGCCCCUUCCGCGCCAGCGGCGUGAUGGAGGCCUGGGAGGCGUUGGGGAUGGAGACGGCGGCGGGGAGCGAGUCGGAGCCGGAGCCGGAGCCGGAGGCGGAGGCGGUGGUGGCCGAGGCGCUGCGGCUACUGCGGAUCGAGCCCUCGGCCGCGGGCGAUCCCCGCGCGGGGCGGGCGGGCGGAGCGCCGGGGCCGUGCUCGGUGCGUGCGGCGGGGUUCGGUGAUCGGGGCCGGGGCUCGGUGCCGGUGCUCGGUGCGUGCGGCGGGAUCCCCGCUGAUGGCCGUGCCCGCUUUCCCCCGCAGAGGAACGCGCUGCGGAAGCGGCGGCGCUGGCUGCGCGUUCUCGCCGCCCGGCGCGGGAAGCGGCGGCAGGAGCGGCAGCGCCGCCGGGCGCGGCGGGCAGCGGCGGACCGGGACGGCCCCAGCCCGGCGCUCGGCAGCGGCCCCGGCGGGCCCGGACCGCCCUCCGUCCGCCGCGGGAGGGUCCCGGCCGCGCUGGCCGCGGAGCGGCUGCUGCAGGCGCGGACGGCGGGGCCGCGGCUGUGCGUGGAUCUCGGCGUGGGCGGCGGCAUGACCGAAAAGGAGAGCGGCCGGCUCGCCUCCCAGAUCCGGAGGCUGUACGGGGCGAACCGCCGCGCCGCUCGGCCCUUCUGGCUGUGCCUGACGGAGUUCGCGGCCGGGACGCCGAUCUACGAGCAGUGCUUCCGCAUGAACGACGGCUUCGCUGGGUACUUGAUGGAUACAACUCCAGAGAGUUACCUGGACCUGUUUCCUUUGGAGGCCAUUGUUUAUCUCACUCCUGACUCUGAGAACGUCCUUGAAGACAUCGAUCCCGACAAAGUGUACGUGCUGGGAGGGCUGGUGGAUGAGAGCAUUCACAAGCAGCUGACCCUGCGGAGGGCGCGGGAGCAGCGCUUGCAGACAGCCCGGCUUCCCAUCCGUGAGUACAUGGUGAGAGCCCCCAACCCCAGGAACUACCACUCCGAGACACUGGCCAUCAACCAGGUCUUUGAUGUCCUGUCCACCUACUACGAGACGAGGAGCUGGCCAGCAGCUCUGAGGGCUGGAGUUUCCUCUGGGAAAGGCUUCGUGCUACCAGAUACAGCAGAACAGGUGGAAAUAGCCCAAUGUGGCACUGCUGCUCAAGAAAACUCUUUAUUUUGUGGUGAGGAGCUGCACAGGCAGGAAGCACCAGCAUGACUGUGCACAGGAGACAGCUCUUUCCAGCCGUGUAAGGAUCCUGUUGGAGCAACACUUCUACCUCAGGAAUGUGGUGCUGGACAUCCCCUGUGCCCCUGAGCAGGAAAGAGAAGCCUGGUGGAGCCUGGGAUCAAGUGAAAACUGACAGGAAUUCAGUUUUUCUUUGCAGCUGUUUUUCACUGCUACACCUAUAAUUUUUCUGGGAGGGGUAGGACAGCUUUAAGGGGUUUUCUUCAUUUUAUUGAAACAGAGAACAAGGUGAAGUUAGGAUUGCAAAGCUUAUGGGCAAGAAAAAUCCCCUACCAUGGGACAGGACAAUGCAGCUGCUGCAGGAGAACGCAGGGUGGGGAAGCAAAUCCCACAGACAUUAUCUCCCAACAACUUAAACCCAGUGAAGACAUGGUGAGUUGUUGAAGCCUUUGGCUAGUUGUAUGCAUCUAAUAUAAAAUAAAA